AUGGCUUUAAAAUUAGAUGAUUUUCUAACCAAAAAGAAAGAACCCGCUCAAGUUCUCGACUUGUCUAAAGCUACAGCGAACACAAAAGAGGAGUUUAGAAGACUGUUGGAGAAAGUACCGGAAUAUAAAAUACGACCAGAAAAAGUAAAACCAGAAGAAAUUAAAAUCAAAGAGAAGGACUUCACAUUCAAGACACCCAAAAGAGAGUUGCGGCCAUCAAGAGAAUAUCCGUUUGCUGAUCCUGUUCCUCCAGAGAUGAGAGGUGUGAAGCUGGAAGAUCUCAGUUGUGUCAACAUCCAGUGGAAGAUGCUGACCACCUUGCGACCGAAGAACAAACAGGAUGAGGAGUUGUUCACCAGGUUAGUUGAACUGGGAAAGUUAAGAUUGCAAACUGAAGAACGGGAAAGGAAAGUGAAUGAUUCAGACUACGUUCGUAAGAUGAAGAACAGAGCUGGAGUUUUGGAAACAAGGCUGGUAUCUUGUGCAGAGUGUGGGGAAGAAUUUUGUUCGGGAGAACUCUGUGGUGACUUUAUGUACGAUGCGUCGCUUAGGGAAAACAAAACUUUGGCGGGACCAGGCACAGGAGAGGCCAAGGCAGGCGUUCAAGAGCGAGGAAGAUCAAAAAGUCGAAGACCAAGGAGGUCCAAGAGCCGGAGAAAGAGUGCAAAACCUAAGAGUAAAAGCAGAGAGAGACGGAAGAGCAAGAGUUAUGAGAGGCCAAAAAGCAAGUCUCUUGAGAGAAAGAAGAGCCUAGACCGCAGGAAAAGUGUCAGUCUUGAGCGAGCUAGGAAGCAAAGCACGUCAGGAAAGAAAAGUUUGCAGCGGAGAAAAUCUAAAACAGCUAAGAAAUAA